CUUACUAAAACAGCCUCAGUUGCCUUCAAAUCACCGCGCUAGUCGCUCGUGCCUAACAUUGGAGCGACUCGAAAAUCGCGAGUGAUUUAAAAAAAUACAAAAAAAAGGAUUCGAAUUUUUAAAAAUAUUCCUUUUUUAAAGUUUUUGAAAAAAUUUUCGUCGUUCGCAUCAAUAACAGCGAAGGCAUAACGGAUCAGUAAUUCAACCAUACAAUGCAGGGGAGCCUUUCAUGACAAACGAGUAGAAGUUUUCCGGGCAAAUAGUACCUAAAACCAACAGAAGAUGGCGCUUUUCAACAAUUCUUUCUCAAGAACUUACCAUCACUUAUUUGUCGAAUUAGCUGAUCCCAGAACAAACGACUGGUUUCUAAUAACAGAUCCGUUGCCCGGUCUCACUAUCAUCGGCCUGUACCUAUACUUCUCGUUGAAAUGGGGGCCGAGGUACAUGGCAGACAAGAAACCCUUCCAAUUACAGAAGACUUUAGUCAUUUAUAAUUUUAUACAAGUCGUCGUUAGCGUAUGGUUGUUCCAUGAGGGCCUCGACGCGGGCUGGUUGAGGACUUAUAGUUGGAAAUGUCAACCGGUUGACUUCUCAAGAUCGCCGGAGGGUAUGAGAGUUGCGAGAGGGGUCUACAUAUACUUCCUGGCGAAAAUGUCUGAACUACUCGACACGAUUUUCUUCGUUAUCAGGAAAAAGGAUAGACAGAUUACUUUCCUCCACAUGUACCAUCAUACUGUGAUGCCCAUGAUAUCCUGGGGAGCCACCAAGUACUACCCUGGAGGUCAUGGCACCCUCAUCGGAGUUAUAAACUCCUUCGUUCACAUUAUUAUGUACACGUACUACAUGUUCUCAGCUAUGGGACCCCAGUUCCAAAGGUACCUGUUCUGGAAGAAAUACAUCACUACAUUGCAAAUGCUCCAGUUCUGCAUCGCCUUCCUCCAUUCUGCGCAGCUGCUCUUCUACGACUGCGGUUACCCUCGUUGGUCCGUCGUCUUCACUCUACCUAACUCCAUCUUCUUUUACUACCUCUUCUACGAUUUCUACUACAAGGCAUACGGCAAACCUACCAAGAAGGGAGAUGACAAGAAAACUGACGCUAAAGAAAUAAAGAGUAAUGGUCAUGCGAAUGGCAAAGUCGCUGCUAAUGGUCAUGCCAAUGGAACCGCUAAUGGCAAUAAGGUUGCCAAUGGCAAGAAGGUUGAAUAAACAAUUUCAACGUUGACAUGUAAAUAUUUUUAUUGUUUAAUACCAAUACCAAUUUUAGUUAUAGCUAAUUUUGAAUAUUGAUUAAUUUUAUAAGAUAUCCAAGUAACGAAUGAGGGACAAAUUCAUGAUCAAAUUUACAUUUUUUCACCGUUACUGGAUUAGUAAGUACUUGUUCAACAUCUAACAUCGCUUUGAUGUUACUUAAUGCUGUGUUUAGUACUUCUAAUUUGUUGGAUUUAAAUUGUUUUAUAAUUAUUACGUCUUCAGUUGUGGAUAAGAAUGUUAUGGUGUAUAUAAUAUAGAUUGUUAUGACCAUGUAUUUAAGACAUUAUUUUUUAAAUUAAGAUGAGUAUAUUGCCAUGAAACUCAAAGUUAGCUUUGAUGCAUCUGCUGUUAAUUUUUCGAUCAAAUAUUUCUGUUGUGUAGAUACAGUGAUUUAUGAAGGCAUAAAUUUUAUGCAGAUCUAAUUAUAAAAAUGUUAUUUUAGUUUAUUCAGUGUAUAUUUUUGGUAAACUUUUAUUUUUUGUGAAUCAUAUAAUUUCGAAUUUCAUUGUUAAUACAUCUGUAAGGAAACGUGAUAAAAAUUAAAUUGUCUUCCAAUUAUUUAGAGUAUCUCUUCCAGUUGGCAUAAUUACUGUUAGAUGAAUUUAUUUCUAGCUGAAUCUAGCUCAGAGUCAAGGAUACUCGAGUUAUUAUAUAUAAUGGCAAAUAUUUUUUAAUAAAUUGCCAAAAAUGGUAGCCCCAAUUAAAUUUUUAGUAAAAAGUUGAUGCAAAAAUCAAUCUUCAUGUUGCUUCGUAAUUACUUUUAUUAUAAUAAAUAAUCUGCUAUUUAUUUACAACGAGAACAGUUGUUCAACUACGACUUUCUUUAUAACAAUGCUUAAAUAGGUCAUGUAAAAGUACUCUAACCACCUAGAUAUUUUUCUACGAAUUUAAUAAUAAGAUUAGAUUGUACUGGUUUUCUACAAUUAUCUGACGUAUUAUAGCAAUUUAGAUUUCAAUAAGCUCAAUACCAAAAUGUGACUAAUGGUAUAACAUACCUAACUAUGGCAAAAAUGAUCCAGACUUUUAAAAAAUUCAAUGUUAUUAGACUUGCGUAGGAUUUUAAAAUCUAACCUAACAAAGUAAAGUAGAAAAGUUACAAGACCCAGAUGGAAGUUUAUGCGUUACGCUCACUAGAUGGCGUUAAUUAUAUACACGAUUUUAUGAUGAGUCCUCUUCCGAUACUAGCGCUCUAAUGAUGUUAAGAAGUACCUUAUUGAGUCCUGAUUACAGUAAAACGAGUUGAAUAUAACCCGAGAGGUUAAUUGACAUAGGAAUGGGGUGAAUAGAUCCUAUGAAAUUUUUCUAGUAUCUAUUCACCCCUCUUCAGUCUCUAUUCCGUUCCGUUCUAGGUUCAUUGUCAUAGUUGAGUAUGUUUUACCUUUAUCCUAAAUAAGCAAUUGUUCAAGCAUCUUUCAUAUACUGUAGUUGCACAUUUAUAGAUUAAAGAAUUGUACAUUUGCGUAAUCGGGUUUGUAAUGUUUAACAAUAUAUGUGACUACGAUAUUA